UAUGUGUAACAGUCUCGAGCGCUCUGCCUUUGUUUUUUUUCUUCCAGUGGUACCCAACCAGAUAAUCUGAUGGUAGUAAAGUCGAUCGUUCCUCGAAACGCGUUCCAUCUACAGUUCCCCGUGAGUCGCGAGUCAGAUCUCUGUUUUAUUUUUCUUCUCCUGCUUCUUUCUCUUGGCCGUGCCGCUGUAAUCCCAAUACCUCGAUCAACGCACCAUUGUGUACAGGCGCCGCAUUGCCCAUUGCAGCUCCUGAAGUGGUUUUUCGGUGCAAUAUCAAAUCAUCCCACCUCAUAAUACCGCGUGCAGACGUAUAAUAUAUGUACACGCAAAUAGUGUGUGGGACGGAUAUGCUCACAUGCUGUAGUUUGGUUGAAUUAGGAAUUGUGCCUUCGUGAGUACUACCAGUAGGAUGCUCGUUAUGUUACGCACACGACGCUAGUUGUGCUUCAUUGAAUAUAUCGUUCUUUUCUCCUUGAUACUAGCUCAGCUCGCACCAUGAAUCACCUUGUUGGGCUGCGUGAACAGGUGAACUUCCUCUGGCUGUUGUUUGAUACCACUCCAAGCUUACUACACAGUGCAGUGAAAAGACCCAAUGACUGUUGCUGUGACUAACUUCACCACUAUUGUUAUGUAAAAUACAGCUACUUUAUCAUGUUCUGUUGAGUCUACCUGCACCCCCUUCAUGAUCG